UGAUCUGCAGUUAAUCCGACAGGAUUGGUUUGAAGUCAGCGGACUGGAGAAAACAGGAGCGGGGAAGAAUGCAGGAGUCCACUGUUUUAACUCCACAAACAAGGACUUCAGACGAUGUUAAUGCACAGACAGGAGUACUAAAACGAUAAUUUAUAAGUUUUUACACACGAGGGACUAACUUUGGACGUGAGUUUUUUUUGGGAGAGACGCAGAAAUUGACGGGGCAGUCCGCCGAGGUCUCAACAUGGAUGUCCGGGGAGCAACGGUGCGACUCUGAGGAGGAAUUAAGGCCGUUUCUGGGUCAUUUCUGGUCGCGAGUUUGUCUGACGGAGCUGAGGAUUUAAAAUCAGCAACGUAUUUAGCAGGUUAAAAUAGUUCAAGUCUGAAUUGUUGUGGCUAUAAACUAAGAUGCUGAAGCUGAUGAGGCGAGAUGUGCCGCUCUCAGAGAGGCUGGGGGAGGACUCUCCUCUGGCCCCAGCACCCGGCCCCCUGCCAACGGCAGCCCCAAUGGGCCCCAACAUUUCAUGGCUCCCAGAAGCCCCUCUGCUGAGCCCAGACCAGCCUAUCUUCCUCAUGACACCCGCAGCGCAGGCUGUGUCUGGCUUCUUCGUCUGGACCGCACUCAUUCUCACCUGUCACCAGAUCUACAUGCACCUACGGUUCUACAGCUCGCCGAGGGAGCAGCGCCACAUCGUACGGAUCCUCUUCAUUGUUCCUAUCUAUGCCUUUGACUCUUGGCUCAGCCUCCUCUUCUUCACCAACGACCAGUACUACGUGUACUUUGACACCGUCAGGGACUGCUAUGAGGCGUUUGUGAUUUACAGCUUCCUGAGCCUGUGCUAUGAAUACUUGGGGGGCGAGAGCGCCAUCAUGGCUGAGAUCAGAGGAAAACCCAUCGAGUCCAGCUGUAUGUACGGUACCUGCUGUUUGAGGGGGAAGGCCUACUCCAUCGGCUUCCUGCGCUUCUGCAAGCAGGCCACUCUGCAGUUCUGCGUGGUGAAACCGCUCAUGGCCGCCAUCACCGUCAUCCUGCAGGCCUACGCCAAAUACAAGGACGGAGACUUCAAUGUUGCCGGCGGUUACCUGUACGUGACCAUCAUCAACAACAUCUCGGUCAGCUUGUCUCUGUAUGCCCUCUUCCUCUUUUACUUCUCCACCAGGGAGCUGCUCAGCCCUUAUAGCCCCAUGCUCAAGUUCCUCAUGGUCAAGUCCAUCAUCUUCCUGUCCUUCUGGCAGGGCGUCUUGCUAGCCAUCCUGGAGAAGUGCGGGGCCAUCCCCAAGAUUGACUCAGUGGACGUGUCUGUCGGUGAGGGGACGGUCGCCGCCGGUUAUCAGAACUUCAUCAUCUGCAUCGAGAUGUUUUUCGCGGCGUUGGCUCUGCUCCAUGCUUUCACAUACAGAGUCUACAUGGACAAGAGUCUGGAUUCACAAGGACCGGUUCCUACAUACGGAGAGUUUGGUCGCUGUGCCCCUAUGAAGAGCAUCUCCAGCAGCCUGAAGGAGACCAUGAACCCGGGAGACAUGGUCCAGGACGCCAUCCACAACUUCUCCCCGGCCUAUCAGCAGUACACCCAGCAGUCCACGCUGGAGCAGGGGGUGCCGCAGCCCGUCUCCCGCACGCACAACGCCGUCAGCGGACGCGGUGACACGGAGAAGACCCUCCUGCUAAGCUCCGACGACGAAUUCUAGAGCCGAAAACAAGACUGUUUUAAUGACCGAUGGUACUUUAUCCUCCUGUGCAGCCGGUCUCUCUCUCUCUCUCUCUCUCUCUCUCUCUCUCUCUGUCUGUCUCUCUCCCCCCCCCCCCCCCCCGUGUGUGUGAUGGAGACUGAUCAUGGAUGCAUGGAUCUUCCUGCGUUACUUUCUGCACCCACAUUUCCUGAGCGCUUUAUUUAGCAGGAACACUUAAGCUGAUUUGGUGUUAAACCCUUGGCAAGAAGAUAAGAAGGCUUGUGUCAGUUUUCAGGAAGGUUUGUGAGUCACACUCUCACAUACUGAAUCAUACUUGACUUUUGGAAAGUUUCAGCUCAGUCAUGUGGCAAUGCAAUCAUCCUAAUGGAUGUUAUGGUUUUUGUCCUUGGGCAUUGGUUUACAUUUUGAAAGCUCUGUUGUAAAAAAUAAAUGUUGAGAUACAAAUUUGAAACUAUUUAACAAAUUAGUUGGUCUGUAAAUACAUUCACAUGCUUCAAACGGAAGAAGAAAUCAGCCAUUAGAAUGUUUUACAAAGAUAUCAACUGAACCUAGAUGGAUUUUAUGUGAUCUGAGGAGACCCUGGUGCAUUGUGGGAUUUAAGGGAUACCCUUCACUGCAGUGUGGGGAUGGAUUUAAAGGGAAACUAAGCGG